AUGCCGAAGGCAAGAUUCUUCAAACCAAAACGCAAUGACAUCAUUAGUGAGAUUUCAAGUCCCACUAACGUUGUUAAACAUGUACAUGUUACUUACGACCAAGAGACAGGGCAGUUCCAUGGGAUACCUGAUUACUGGAAAGAAAUGAUAGACAAUUCGAAUUUCUCAGUCGAAGACCGAAAAAAUAAUGCGGACAAAAUUCUUAACGCUGUGACGGCUUUCAAAGAGUCUCAAAAAACUAAGUACUUGGGUUUUGAGGGCUUGGAAAGUGUUGAUGAGGAUGAUGAGUUGGAAAGGAAAAUGCGAUUGUUUAUUUUGAAUCCAAAAGAAGAAAAGAACAGUACAAGUGCCGCAUCAUCUCAUCCAAAAGUCAAGCCUGCCGUACAUGUAAAUGAAAGGAAAAAUGGUGCUCUCACUCCUCCUGUACCUCCACCAAAGCCAUCUGCCAGUGAUUCAAAUAAGCAAGCAGCCCCCUUGCUCCGCAAACGUGUUCGCAGGAAACUCACAGAUGAGGAGUUCUAUUCAGAAUUAGAUUCCGUAAUAACUCCCGGAAACCCUCGUGAUGUGUAUUCUAUCGAAAGCGAACUUGGUACAGGUGCCUCAGGUACCGUUCGACUUGGUCGAAAUAAAAGAACAGGACAAAUUGUAGCUGUCAAAGUGAUGAAACUAGAUAAGCAGCCCAAUCGCGAUUUAAUCGUUUCCGAAAUUGCUGUCAUGAAGCGCAUACAACAUGAAAAUAUCGUUAAUUACUUAGCAUCUUAUUUAUUAAGAAAUGAAAACCAGCUAUGGGUUGUGAUGGAAUACCUGGAUGGUGGUGCACUGACAGAUGUAGUCACUGAGACUGUCAUGGCCCCAGACGUAAUUGCCGCUGUUGUUCGCGAAUGUGUAAAAGCCUUGGUAUUUCUGCACGAUCAAAAUAUAAUACAUAGGGAUAUAAAAUCUGACAAUGUACUGCUCGGAAAACAGGGUCAAGUCAAGGUCACCGAUUUCGGAUUUUGUGCUCAGCUUGGUAAUCGGCAAAGUAAACGCCAAACCAUGGUUGGAACUCCUUAUUGGAUGGCUCCUGAAGUUGUUUCGAAAACUGCAAAUUAUGGGCCGAAAAUUGACAUUUGGUCACUUGGCAUUAUGAUUAUUGAAAUGUUGGAUGGAGAACCACCUUAUAUGAAUGAACCUCCACUAAAAGCAAUAUACCUCAUUCAAACAAUGGGAAAACCUAGACCAAAAACCAAGAACUUGCACCCGAUGCUUCAAGAUUUUCUGGACAGAUGUCUAGUCGUAGAUCCUGUAAGACGAGCUUCUGCAAAGGAACUGCUUAACCACGAUUUUUUUAAGCAUGCAGGGAGCUUGUCUUCGCUUGGACCGCUUAUUCGUGCAGCACGAGAGAGUCUUGGAAAAAAGGAAUAAGAACGGAAAAACUUAACAUCUAGCAUCAAUCAUGACGGAGCUAAGAACCAUCGAGUAAGCCGGACA